ACUGACUGAUAACUAACAGAUUUUUCGGACGUGUUGAUUGCGCUGUAAGAAUCAAAUGAUUAACCUGUGGCUACGUUUCAGUGAAAGUACUUUGUGCUGAACAGUAUGCGAUUAUUCACCACAAACACGGCGCGUUUCUCUCAUGUGCACCAAAAUUCAAACUCCACUGUACUGGGUCACAGAGACGGAGCUCUCCAAACCAGAACCUAGAGACAUUCUGCCACACGAAGCCGUCCCGAGGCAGCCGAAGGGCGGCUUUGAACCACUAGGUGUCUGCUGAGUUCCAACUGGUGGUGACGCAACGUACUCUGUAAAGCAGAGCAAGACACGACAGACACGGCACCUUCGACCAAGGUAAAGCAUGGCAAUGACUGGCCAGAGCUCGUGCUCUUCCAUGAGUAACCACACCAAGGAGAGGGUCACCAUGGCCAAAGUGACCCUGGAGAACUUCUAUAGUAACCUCAUCGCUCAGCAUGAGGAGAGAGAGAUGAGGCAGCAGAAGCUGGAGAAAGUUAUGGAUCAGGAGGGCUUGGCUGAUGAAGAGAAACGUAUCCGGCGUUCUGAGCAUGCACGGAAAGAGACAGAAUUUCUGCGUUUGAAACGCACCCGAUUGGGUCUGGAGGACUUUGAAUCCCUGAAGGUGAUUGGCCGAGGAGCUUUUGGAGAGGUACGCUUGGUGCAGAAGAAAGACACUGGUCAUGUUUAUGCUAUGAAGAUCCUUCGCAAAGCUGACAUGCUGGAGAAAGAACAGGUCGGACAUAUUCGUGCUGAACGAGACAUUCUGGUAGAGGCAGAUAGCUUGUGGGUGGUUAAAAUGUUCUACAGUUUCCAGGAUAAGAUGAACCUCUACCUCAUCAUGGAGUUUCUGCCUGGAGGGGACAUGAUGACACUGCUGAUGAAGAAGGACACUCUGUCAGAAGAGGCUACUCAGUUCUACAUAGCAGAGACCGUGCUGGCCAUUGACUCCAUUCACCAGCUGGGCUUCAUCCACAGAGACAUCAAACCAGACAACCUGCUUCUGGACUCCAAGGGUCAUGUGAAGCUAUCAGACUUUGGUCUGUGCACUGGCCUAAAGAGGGCUCACCGUACCGAGUUUUACAAGAACCUGAACCACAGCCUGCCCAGUGACCUCAGUAAGCAAACGUUCCAGAACAUGAACUCCAAGAGGAAAGCAGAGACCUGGAAGAGGAACAGGAGACAGCUGGCGUUCUCCACGGUGGGAACACCAGACUACAUUGCUCCAGAGGUCUUCAUGCAAAAUGGAUACAACAAGCUGUGUGACUGGUGGAGCCUGGGUGUGAUCAUGUAUGAGAUGCUGAUAGGUUAUCCUCCAUUCUGCUCAGAGACACCACAAGAGACGUACAGGAAAGUGAUGAACUGGAGAGAAACGCUUGUCUUUCCUCCAGAAGUGCCUAUAUCAGAGAAGGCCAAAGACCUCAUUCUCAGGUUCUGCUGUGAGGAGGAGCACAGGAUCGGUGCUUCAGGUGUGGAGGAGAUCAAGUCCAAUCCUUUCUUUGAGGGUGUGGACUACGACCAUAUCAGAGAGAGGCCUGCUGCCAUUCCCAUAAAUAUCAAAAGCAUCGACGACACCUCCAACUUUGAUGAGUUCCCUGAUUCCGAUAUUCUCACACCUGCAGCCACCCAGGUGUCAAAUCAUUCUGAGGCUGAUCUGAAGAACAAGGACUGGGUCUUCAUAAACUACACCUACAAACGCUUCGAAGGCCUGACGGCUCGCGGUGCCAUCCCCUCCUACAUGAAGUCAGGGAAGAGAUGAACACCACCAUGCAGACCUUUAACCAACUCCAUGAAACCUGAAUGAGUUGUCUUGAGUCCUGAAAGAACUGUUGCAAUUAAAAAAGGGGCUAUUUUUCCUCUGUUGCUUUCCAUAGGAAUAUUCCAUUUCACCAGUAGGAACCGAAACCUUCAUUUCUGCAGCUCUUCACUCUGUCGGAUGCGUCUGAGGGUACCUCUCUACUUCUUGACACCGAACUGGGAUUAAAGUACUUCUCUCCACUUGUUUUUUCUUUUUUUUUUGGGCACCAGUAAUUACAGUUGGAUGUCUUCACUCCUACCAGCAUCAUUUACAUUCCCUGUCUGUUUGAAAAAACAAAAAACACUAGGUUGUUGGACCUACCACGGCUCUUCUCUUUCCAAACCAGCACAUCUCCUACUUGAACUGUUUUUGUUUUGUUUGUUUGUUUGUUUUUACAUGUCAACACAAACAUGGCAUCGUCAUCACUAGAAGUGAAUCAGGUGCUCUUCAGGGAUUUCCUCCUAACGUUUCUUGUUUCCUACAAGAGCUUUUUUUUCUGGGCUUGUCUGAUGUGCUGCUGGCUUCUUAAGACGACCAAACCAAAGACGGAGCUGAAUGUGGGCUCUCGCCAUCACAUCACUUCUGCUAACCUGUACUUGUUUAGAUUUGCAGGUUUAAAAGCUGGAAUAUUUGAGAAUUUCCAGUUUUAUGGAACAAACACGAGAAUCUUGUUACAUUUGACCCUGCUGUGUUCAUCUUCUGCACCUUAAGUGAUAUUGGUCCUGUUCUAGUACAGUCGGGCUUCUAGCUUGAUCGAUUGGGUUUGAGAGGGCAGGGAAAGCAGAUACCCACUAACAGCUGUUUUGAUUCUUUAUUUUAAGGCUGCAACUAACAGUUUUGAAAUGAUCAAUGGUUUUCAGAGUUAUGUAAUUGAAAAUAUUACAAACUCAUGUUCAGGGAGUUCAACAGGAAAACGUCUUUCAUUUUACUUAAAGAUUUUCAAGGGGAAUUAAAUGUGUAAAAUACACACUUCAAUUUAAAUUUUUUGAUUAAAUUCAACAUUGUAUUAUACUUGGGGUGAUUGAUUGAUUUAUAGACAGGAUUGCAGCUCGACGCAGCUGCUUUCUCAGCUGCCACUAGUUAAUUGGUUACUCUGAAAAUGUCACGAUUACGGAUGUGUGUGAUUCACUGACUAUGAUUAAGUAUUGCUGCCCUCGCUAGUCACAGAUACUAGUCAGGUAAACACUUUUUUUAUUUAAAGAUUUCCAUGGGGGGCAGUAAAGAAGCCCUCCCAUGGAAAUUGGUGGAAAGUCACAGGAAAGUGUGACAGGUGUGUGAUGGUUCUGCAGUACUUGGUAGAAAAUGAUCAGUUGGCUGGUGAGAUUCAUACCAGCAUUCUCUGCCAGGUGUGGCGACAUUAACACCAGCAAAGGCUGCUGGUGACAGCAUUGCUAACAUUAGCCACCCUCAGGAUGCUAAUCUGUUAAUGUUGUGUGUUUGUAAUUUUACACACAGUACAAAGUGCCACACAGUUCAGCAACAUUUAAAAUAUAUUUUGGUUAUUAAAAAAUGUGAUUAAUGGCUCUUUGAUAGAAUAUUUGUGUAAGCAUUGCUUGACCUUGUCUAGAUUGUGCUCAAGUUGAACUGUUUAAACAUCUGGUUCAUUGGUCACCGGGGAUAUUCUUGUCCAGAAACUGUCCAAUGGGACUCUCAGAUCAGGAUCUGCAGUGAAGAGGUUUGCUUCUGUAAACCUCACCAUCACUUUUAAUUGCUUCCAAAACAUUGAGACCCUCCCUCAAAGCCCUGUAAGUGCUUUAGUUGAAUCUCCUCCACUGUGUCCAAACAGGCUCUGUUAACCUUGAACUUCUUGGGGGGUGAAAUGAUGAAUGAACUUGUUCUUUUUUAGCGCUUUUCUGCUCUGAGUACUCAAAACGUGUUAUUCAAAAUGCCUCAUUCACUCUAACAUUCACUCCCAUGGAUGCAUCUGAGAGCAACUUGGGGUUCAGUAUCUUGCCCAAGGAUACUUCAGCAUGCAGACUUGGGCAGCCAGGGGUCGAACCACCAACCUUCCAAUUAGUAGAUGACCUGCUCUACCUUCUGAGCUGCAGCUACCCCCUAAGUGAAAUGGAUGAAUUAACACAGAGUGUGUAGGGAGUGGUGAUUGGAAAUGGAAUGAUUGCUUUUUCAGUCUCAGUGUUGCUGUGGCCAGAAACUCCUGCAGCCACACAAUGGCAUGGACUCAAGAAUAACCAGUACCACUGCUGCUGGGGUGGGGGUCGGGGCUAACAUAGCUGUUCAAGUAGCUCUAAAUACCCUCCAAAUUGCAAAAAGCACAACAGAGCUACUGCUGCCUAUUAAAGACGAUGUAACACACACACAGGACAUUUAUUUCCCACUUCGGGGACAAAGAGAGAGAACGUAGACCAGCAUGAGCCUCGUUCAGCAGAUUUAGUGACCAAAAGUGGUCAGAUAUUAGCUGAACAUCUAAAAUGGUAAAAGUAUGUUUGCUUGUGCUCUUUUUCUCUUUUGGCCUCUUAAGUCUACAAACUUGUUCAGUUUUUUUUUUUAAAUAUUUGAAAAAUGGCUCACAUCUCUCUUCCAGUUUGCACUGUGCUCUCCCCGUACACAGGAGACUUUUAGCAACACAAACACACCCAGUGAAACAAAAACGCGAUGAACUGUAUGUCAUUUUGAGACGAUGGAUCAGUGCAGCCUCUUCACACACACAUUAAUUUCAAAGGGAGCUGAGGAGCAUGAAACAGUCUUUGCAGAGAUGCUUACUUGAAAUUCUAGCAAGGCAGAUUAAAUGUAUUGUGAAUCUCCCAUAAUAACGUUGAUUUAUUGGGAAAAAAGCUAAAACAAACUGAUUCACUAGCAAUCACUUAGACCAUCCUGAGGGAUCACAACCCUUCAUGCAAACUGCAAAAUACAUAACCCAGUGAGGACUGUCCCUGUGGGAGCCUGCUCACCGUCACCCCCGGUGUGUUAAAGAUGAGUCAAAGCUCCUGAACAACUUCCUGUUUAAAAUGAUACACAAUGGAUCCACUGCUGCAGUGCAGCUGAAACCCACUGCAUCCUGGAAGUGGAAGCAUUCAGUUUAAUAAAGCCUUGUGCAAAUAAAUAAUUGGUUCAUAAUGAAGUGAUUGUUGACGUAUAUAAAUAUGUAGCUUUAAAUGGUGUUAACACUGACCCCAGAACUGUUACAGGAUUUCUUUUCGAAUGCUGCCUCUGCGCUCGUUACACUUUCAAAACGUUUCGGUUUGGUUCGCCUUGAAACAGGUCUGCUGCUGGAAAUGUAUUUGGUGUAUUACAGCAUGCUGCUGAAUGGCUAGAGAUGAUCUCUGAGUGUUUGUCAGCUUGCUGCUCUGAAUGUUUUGGGUUUUUAGUCCCGCGGUGUGGAGUCGGUGCACAGAAGCACACACGGCUAAACAUUCUUCAGUGAACACAAUAUCCAGAAUGCUGUCAUUUCAAAUGAAUGUAAAUGAACUUUUAUGGAGUUGUGGGAAAGAGCUUUUUGCCACAGUAGUUUCAAAAUGCUGUUUGAAUGAAGUGUUUCUUUGCUUUUUAUUUUUUCCCCUUGAAUUGAGAGAUGUUGGGGGGGGGGGCUAUUUCUGCAAGAAACAAUAAUAACCAAGAGAAAAGGAGAGAGCCUGAAAUCCCAAAUCAAAGUGAUAAAUUUAAACAGAACAAAAGUUAAACUUCAUUAUCUGUCAGAAAUCUGUUUUCCCCAGUAACUCAAAACUCAGUUACAUUUUCUUCUGUUAUUAAGGUAACGUAAAAGCUUUAAGUUUAGAUUUUCUUUUUUAGAUUUUAGAGAUGGAAUGACUUGUUUUAUUGAUGAUGCCUCUUUGUGUGUGUGUGUGUGUGUGUGUGUGUGUGUGUGUGUGUGUGUGUGUGUGUGUGUGUGUGUGUGUGUGUGUGUGUGUGCGUAAAAGAGAGGGAGAGAUCAUGCGCUAUAAAAUCAGUGCAGUGUUGGAUUAUGAUUUUGUUUGUUUUGUUUUGUUUUUAAACAAGUUUGUAGAUGCUGUGUUUGUGUCGUUGCACAACCACAGCAUGUGUGUCUGCUGAGUAAGAAGUGAUGGCUUUUGGGAUGGUGGAUGUACAUUAUUUAUAUACUACACUGUAGUGUAUGGCAGUUGUAUGUUUUCUGGUAUUUGACAAUGAAUUAUUCUGCACUUA